UCUAAAUAACAUUUUAGUAGCUUUUCAGUUGUCAUGGUUACAUGUUCUGCGUCCAAAAUGGCGUUUUUGCUCGGGGAACAACUAUAUCAAAUAAGUGGUCAGGGUCCACCACCUGCAAAAGAUUUUUUCCUACUUGAGAUUACCAAAAAUGAGGUAAUUUGGAAAUCAUGGAAGAUUUCUGUGCGACCUGAACAUAGAGGAGCUCCACCCACACAGCUGAAGAUGGCUCAUCAGGAAUUUCUGCAUGACAAAAGGCUGCAAUGUGAUGUUGUUAUUGUUUUUGGGCAGAGGAUCUUGGAUUACACAGUAUCACUUUGUCAGGGAAAGUUUGACUAUCUGGAACGCUUACCUGAUGAUCUGUUGCUCAAAAUCAUGUCCUACCUGCAACUGAAAGACACAACACUGCUUGCACAGGUUUCACACAGAUUCAGAAAGUUUUGCAACUCAGAGAAGUUUUGGGAGGAGACGGUGAGAAGUCGCUGUGCUGAGUUUUCUAGUGACAUGGAGGACAUAGCCAAUGCCAUGGGCUGGAGGAGGACCUUUUUCGCCUUCUUCCACAAGAGUGCCAUUAAAAAACAGCAGUAA